AUGCCGCACAGCUUCCAGCCCGGGGACCUGGUCUUCGCCAAAAUGAAAGGAUAUCCCCAUUGGCCAGCUCGGAUCGAAGAUGUGGUUGACGGGGCAGUGAAACCACCUCCAAACAAAAUACCCAUUUUCUUUUUCGGGACACAUGAAACUGCAUUCCUUGCUCCAAAGGACCUAUUUGCCUUUGAGAAGUACAGAGAACGUUAUGGGAAGCCUAACAAAAGGAAAGGAUUUAAUGAGGGUUUAUGGGAGAUCCAAAACAAUCCACAUGCUUCCUAUAGUGCUCCUCCUGCGCCCGCCAGUUCGUCUGAUAGUGAAGGCAAUAAUGCUGGUGGAGGAAGUGAAGAGGAUGAAGAAGAAGAAGAGGAGGAGGAUGAAGAAGCAGCAGCUCCAGUGCCUCAGCGAGCAGAAUCAGCAAGUGAUGUGGAUUCGGAUUCAGGCAGUGAAGUUCGGGGACGGGGAGGAGGAGCUAAACGCAAGCCACCCGCUGCAAAAAGGCCGCCUCCACCCAAAAAGGCUCGCGGUUCUUCUAGUGACCGAAAUGACACUGGCUCUCCAUCUGAAUCUGAGCCCACUCCAUCAGACUCAGACUCUGCUAAAAACAGUGACCAGGAUUUCACACCAGAGAAGAAAGCUGGACGAGGUGGAAAGAAGGUUGGAGGUAGAAGAAAGAAAAGGGCCUCAUCAGGAUCGAAUUCUGACUCUGGAUCAGCCAUGGAGAAGAAGGCGGCCGACAGCGAUUCCGACGACGACAAGCCGCGGCCUGCUCUCUCUGGCUCCGAAUCACAGUCUGGAUCUAAGUCCGACUCAGACUCUGAUCAACCUGCAAAGAAACCGCCACCGGCAGCACGCAAGAAAGCAGCAGACAAACCGCCUCCGAAGCCCCGUGCACGGAAACCUAAGCCAGCUCCAGCUAAACGAGCCCCCACCUCAUCAUCUGACAGCGACAGUGACAGCGAACCAGACCGUAUCAGUGAGUGGAAGAAGAAAGAUGAGGAACGGCGACGAGAGCUGGAGGAGCUCAGGAAAAAGGAAGAGGCCGAGGAGAUCCGUCGACUGCGCGAGCGAGAAAAGGAAGAGGAUGAUCAGAGGAAGAAGGACAAGGACAAGGACAAGGGAAAAAAGGGCAGCGACAGCAGCAGUAGUUCAGACGAAGGGGCGGACGAUCACCCUUUGAAGAAAUCCAAAAAACCUCCUCCACCACCCAUUCCGGCUCCAUCUGACUCUGACUCUGCCCCUGAGGUGAAAAAGCCACCCAAGAAGACUGACAAUCAGAAAAAAGAAAAGCUAAAACGGGAGAAGGAGAAAAAGGAAAAGAAGGAGAGGGCGCUAAAAGAGAAAAAGGCCAGACGAUUGGAGGAAAAAUCCAGAGCAAGGUCAAAACCCGACAAACCAAAACGCAAACCAGAGAGGCCGCCAGAGAAGAAAGUUGAAAAGAAAAAGGAACCAUCUCCAGAAGAACAGCUGCAGAAACUCCACUCAGACAUAAAGUUUGCGCUUAAAGUGGACAACCCAGACAUAGACCGGUGUCUACAAGCCUUACGGGAACUUGAAAACGUGCCAGUCACCAGCCAAAUUCUCCACAAGAACGCAGAAGUGAUCGCUACAUUGAAAAAGAUACGACGGUAUAAAUCAAGUGCUGCAGUCAUGGAAAAAGCUUCAGAAGUUUACAACAAAUUAAAACUACGCUUUGUUGGUAAAGGAGAGAUGCCGAUUAAACCAAAAACGGAAGACCCCACAAAUAAUGAAGACAUAGAAAACAAUGAGCCAACUCCACUAAAUGGCAACUCUGUGCAAAAUGAGGAUGCAGAAAAGGACAAUAAUCCCAAAUCGCCUCUUCAGGAAGAAAACAAUGACCACCACUCUUCCAGCCCAAGACGGAGCCCAGACAGUCCUGCUGAGCCACAUUCACCGUCUUUUGAGGAAAAGGACAACUCACUUUCUGCAGAGAUGGAGCCAGCUGCUGUGGAAAGCUGA